AUGUUCCUUUCGGCGUUACAUAAUAAUUUUGGCGUUCAUUCUUUGUCGAUCUUGUCUCUCCAUGAAACAACAAAUUCUCGUUGCCUUCCAAAUUUCCCGUUUCUAUCGACUGUGAAAUCUAAAUACACUGGAAAACGAUUGGUAUGCACUUCCAGUUCAAAGAAUUCUGAUCCAAAACCCGACAAGAAUCGUAGUCAGAGUCCUAGUUUGAAGCCAAAAGGAAGAGCUCAGCGGGAGAAAACUAAAGUUCCUCAAGACGAGGAUGAAAAUUCUGGACGGAAGUUCCCUACAUUGAUCCCUAAGAAGCCCAAGCGUGGUCGUCGGAGUGAAGCAGCUGCAGUUGAGGAUUUUGUGCGUGAUUCGCUUGGACGGACUUUCGAAUCAAUCCGGCAGCAGAAUUCGGAUAUUCUGAAAGAUAAAGUAAUGAAAGAUAAAGUUGACAAUGAUGUUGAUUCCAAUAGCAACAGUGAUGAUGAGGAUGAUGACAGGGACGAAGAGAAAGGUGAUGAUUCUAGCGGAAAUGAGAUGUUUGUAGAGGAGGAGAAUCCCAAUUGGCCUUUGGAUGCUGAUGUUGGGUGGGGGAUCAGAGCAUCAGAGUAUUUCGAGCAACAUCCUAUAAGAAAUGUCGUAGGUGAAGAUGGCACUGAUAUUGACUGGGAGGGAGAGAUGGAUGAUGGUUUAGUGAAGGAGAUCAAUUGUCUUGAGUGGGAGAGCUUUGCUUUCCAUCCUAGUCCACUAAUUGUUCUCGUUUUCGAAAGAUACAACAGGGCAAGCGAUAACUGGAAAGCUUUGAAAGAGCUAGAAAAAGCAGCAAAGGUGUACUGGGAAGCCAAGGAUCGACUACCUCCUCGGACCGUCAAGAUAGAUAUAAACAUCGAGAGAGAUUUGGCUUACGCUCUUAAAGUUAAAGAAUGCCCACAAAUUUUGUUCUUACGUGGAAACAGGAUAUUGUAUAGGGAGAAAGAAACAAGAACAGCAGACGAAUUGGUUAAGAUGAUUGCACAUUUUUUCUAUAAUGCGAAAAAACCUUCGUGCAUUAAAGACGAGGCUCUAUCAUCGCCAUUAAGUUCAAGAGAGGCAGCAUUGUGA